AAGCAUGGGCUAAAGAAGAACAAAAAGAGACUCAGGCUACUUAAGAAGCCAAAAAGAGAGCAUGCUGAAGAUAGAAGGUCAAGUUGAAGCAUCAACGUUCAAGAUUGAAUCUCCUCAAUCAACGGGAGAUAUUCAAAUACAUCAAGUCUAUAAAUACUCAAGUAAUGUGACGAAGAAGACUCGGCGAGCUUAGUGCAAUCAAGACAUUUAUAUCACAAUAUGCUGCAAAAGAUAAAGUAUUAAUUCGAUCAUCACUUUAUUCUUAGCUCGUUCACAUCUCUUUAAUACUCCGUAUGGUAUAUAUACAAUAUACGUGAAUAAAAAAACUAAAAAGAAACCCUUCUCUAAUGUUUUAUUGCCAAUAAGAUCAAUUUCACCCUGAAAAGCAAAAGUUAUUUUAGUCCUUGCAUUGGAGACUGCAAACUACAGGCAGCGUCGUGGCCCCUUUUUUUAUUCUCUAUCAUCACAGCUUCUCUUUUAAAGUUGAAAAGUAAAAUUUUUAACAACUUACUUUGCAUGUGUUAAUGAUCACAGGCCACCCCAGGCCAGUAAUUAUGUUAUCCCGAUCGAAAGCCACAUGAGUGAAGUUAUUAUUAAAUUAACCUCGGUCGGCUUCCAACAAGAUUUAGUAAGAAAUUGAGGAGAGAGGUAGCUGGGUGUUUCGAUCAUCCGCCAUUUAAUUUCUAAGAUUUAAUUCAUCGGGAUCGGAAUAUAAUACAGAGCAGAGUGGUUGUCUCUGUGUGGGUUUGUUUGUUUUUGGUGCUGAGGAGAAGAGGUAGCAGACAGCAUCAAGUCAAUGUGCAGAAGCACGCAGCAUAGUUGUUCGGACAUGGCGGCAUCCCCUGUCUUCGUUACCUCAAACAUCUCCCUAACCGUUUCCUUUUUUGUCCUCUUUUUUCUGUCUGUUCCUCGACCGGCAUGCUCGACCGCGGCAGACGACGGCGGGGGCUUUCCGGCCACUCACACAUUCCGGCCAGGCAACCAUUCACGCAAGUUGAAAAUGAUCAAAGCCCGCCUCAUGAUGAUCAAUAAGCCUGCUGUCAAGACAAUACAGGCACGUACAGCACUCCCCCCAUCUCGAUCGAUCCAUCUCCUGAUUCUCCUUACUUAAUUACAAUAAUCUUUAUUAUUAUUAUUAUUACUGAAAUCCAAGCUAAGUGAAUCUUAUUAUUGUUUCUUUAUUUUCUGUGUACGUAUAAAUACAUAAAAUAAAUGCAGAGCCCUGAUGGUGAUAUCAUUGACUGCGUAUUAACUCACAAACAACCUGCAUUUGAUCAUCCACUGCUGAGGGGUCAGAAACCACUGGAUGAUCACCCGGAAAUACCGAAAGGGCAAAAUGGGGAGGAAGAAUUCGAAGAAUUUCAGGCGUGGAGGACGACAGGAGAAACGUGUCCAGAAGGAACAGUGCCAAUAAGAAGAACGAGGGAAGAAGAGAUGCUGAGGGCAAGUUCGGUUAGAAGGUUCGGAAGGAAAGGACCGAUUGGGAGCAUCCUCCGAACAGACACAACCUCCAACUUUCACGAGCAUGCAGUUGGAUAUGUAAAUGGAGAUCGAUAUUAUGGUGCGAAAGCGAGUAUGAAUGUGUGGGCUCCUCAUGUGGCCAACACGCAAGAGUUUAGUUUGUCGCAGAUGUGGAUCAUCUCCGGUUCAUUUGGUGGCGAUCUCAACAGCAUCGAAGCUGGUUGGCAGAUUAGUCCAGAGAUAUAUGGGGACAAUCGUCCGAGGUUCUUUACAUACUGGACAAGUGAUGCAUAUAGAACAACAGGGUGCUAUAACCUUUUGUGCUCAGGCUUUGUUCAAACUAACAAUAGAAUAUCCAUUGGAGCUGCCAUCUCCCCAACGUCCUCUUAUGGUGGACGUCAAUAUGAUAUCAGCAUCUUAAUUUGGAAGGAAGUAUCCAACAAUUUGGUGUACAGGAUCCGAAGCGUGGGGAUUGGUGGCUACAAUUUGGAUCAAGGAUAUUAGUAGGGUAUUGGCCUUCGAUGUUGUUUACACAUCUCAAGGGCGGUGGAAGCAUGAUACAAUUCGGAGGAGAAGUUGUGAACCGAAUGGCCGCCGGCCUUCACACAGCAACACAAAUGGGGAGCGGACACUUCUCGGGAGAGGGGUUCGGAAAAGCUUCUUACUUUCGAAACUUGCAAGUGGUGGAUUGGGAUAACUCUCUCGUUCCCUUGUCUAAUCUUAAAGUUACCGCCGACCAUCCCAAUUGCUAUGAUAUACGAGGAGGUUCUAAUCAUGCUUGGGGGAAUUACUUCUUUUAUGGGGGCCCCGGAAGAAAUUCUAGGUGUUCCUAGCUCAAAGUUAGUUAAAGCUAACGUUUUUUCAAGGCCGGCCAUUUGAUUUUAGCUAGGAUGUGUUUUUCUCUCUCGAUCGGUUUUCUCACACAACAAAAUAUAUAGCUAGCAAGUGAUCACAUAAGGCACGGUGAGCCCAAAAAGUGCAAAUAUAUGAGGGGAACUUUAAUUUUACCAAUUUUAAUUUGUGAAGUCAUAAAUAGAUGGCUUACCUAUGAGUAAUUACAAGUAACAUUUGGCAUUCUGACCACGACUAAUUUUUUCUAUACCGGUGGCGUCACCGGACAUCCUACUAUGCAAAGGUGAAGGGUGAUGAUGUUCAAAAUGCUUAUGUGAGCCCAUCAUGUGGAUGGCUCCUAUUUUUUGAAGACAGGACGACUCCAUUAUCUUGAU